UAUUUUAACCUAGACAAGCACGGUGACAGCAACUUCACCAAUCAAAAGAAACAGUCCCUUUUCCUGGCAAGAUGCACGUCGCAACUGUAUUGAUUUUCUUGUCUUUGUGUUCAAGUUUGGCACUACCAGUGCCGGUGGAUAGAAGUGUCCAAGCAAGAGACGAGCGAGAGAUUUCCAUCGAUGAGCUGGAAUCACAGCUGGAGGAAAUUGAAAAUCAUAUCAAUGCAGUGCGGACAAAAGUGAAGGAGGAAGCUCAAAAUGAAAAGGUCGAUGCUAUCAAAGAGGCUUCUCCUACGCCAUCCAACGAGAGGACCUCUGAAAGGAAAACUGAAGCAGAAGAGGCUUCGAAAACGUCAGCAUCACCGACAACAAUACCGACAGCAAGGGAACGUGAACCAGAAACCAAAACGCCAACGCCAUUGAUAACAAAAUUUGAAGCUGAGACUGUGAAACCUUCCAGGCCGUUGAAGACUGAGGAAGAAGUGAAGCAUUCAAAUAAAGAAGUUACGGUAAUUUCUGUCAACAAGAUUUCCAACGAGGGGAAAAAAGUUGCUCCUGUCGGCGAAGAAGAAGAGCUCGAGGAAGAAAAUGACAAGAAGAAAGAAAAAUUUGAAGAUACCAAGAAAAUUGAAGUCAAAGCGGUGACAAACGAUAAGAUGGAGGAGGAAGAGGCGGCUCUUGAGGGAGAAGACAGAAAAACGCCGGGGAAAGAUUUUGUGGUGAAGAAGAUAACAGAAAAAACAAAAAAGUUAAGCGGCAAAUCAAUGGCAAAUGAUGAAGUGGACGAAGAAGAGGCAGAUCUUGAAAGUGAAAGACAGACCGGAGGCUCGAUUACGGUAGAAAAAGUCAGCACGGAAAAAAACUCAGCAAAACUUUCCACCAAGGUCGAAAAAGCCACGAUCGAGGUUGAAAAGAUAUCGUCAAGUUCCACGCCAUCUAAAAAUACACAAAAGGCUACGGUCGUCAAAGUGGAACGUGUCCCAUCAAGAGGAGCAGUCGAGGCUAAACGAAGUCCAGUCGAGCAAGAAGAUGAGGAAGAUGAAGACUUGAAAGAGGACAAGGUACAAACGUUGACAGAUGGUGAAAAAGAAAUAACGAUAAAAGUGGAAAAACUCUCUGCAAAAGAAUCACCAAGCGAGAAAAAAACAACCAUAAUGGUGCAAAAGACUGGAUCCCUAACCGAUCAAACAAAGUCAGAGGUUAGUGUAAAGAAGGUGGCUGAGAAGCCUUUUGUUAAAUCAAUGGUCAGAGAUGAACCCCAUAAAGGAAAGAUCACAGAGAGUGCGGUGAAAAAGUCUGAGAUUCCCGUGGUAAAGGAAGAGACACUUGAAGAAACAGAAGAGGAAGAUUUAAACAGCAGCGAGAACAAAGAAAAACACGCCGCUGUAAUGGACGAGAGAUGAUCUAAUGAUGAAUCUCAGAAGACU